AUGUCCGGCCGAGCGCCCCUCUUCUGGCAAACGCCCAUCCGGUACUGGCGCUGGUCAUCGCGCGAGCGCCCCGCCCUCUUCUGGUCCUGUGUGAUCGGUGCCCUCGGCCCCGUCACCCUGGCCGUCGUUCCGCCCAUCAGACACGCCUUCGGGGACUACGACGCGAAGCCCAUACCCACGACCUACCCUAUCCCUCCCGGUCCCAGGAAGACGCUGAGUGGAUAUGAUGACGGCUCCGAGUAG